CAGCGGGGUUACGGGGAACCAAUGCGCUGUUGCACAAGUGUUAUGUAUGUUGCUGCGUUACAUAUGUGUUCCGAGGUGUUGUGUGAUGCCGUCCAAGGGUGAAUGAGCGUGCCAUUCAUCUGAGCCCUUUCAAGGUGAGCUGUCCUGCUGAUCCAGCACCAGGUGACCGACGCCCCCCCCGCCAUGCUGCUGCCCCUCCUGGUCACGGAGUCCCUCGGCUGCCCUCGGGCCUCGCUGCUGUUAACCCGCUGUGUGCGGGCCCUGCAGUGCGACGGCUCCAGGGCUCUGCACCAUCAGGCCGAGCGCUUCCUCUGCCGGAAGGUCCCGGGCCGCCUGCACACGCAGAGCCGCGGCGCCAAGAGCCGCAAGAGGCAGAGCCGCAGCCAGGAGGACGAGUGGAAGACGAGGAACAAGACGGUGCUGACGUACAUCGCCGCCGCCGGCGUCGGGAUGAUCGGCCUGUCGUACGCCGCCGUGCCGCUCUACAGACUCUACUGCCAGGCGUCGGGGCUCGGCGGCACGGCGGUGGCCGGCCACGACGCCGAUCAGGUGGAGACGAUGAAGCCGGUGAAGGAUCGCAUCAUCAAGGUGACCUUCAACGCCGACACGCACGCCAGCAUGCAGUGGAACUUCCGGCCGCAGCAGACGGAGAUUUACGUGGUACCAGGAGAGACAGCCCUGGCCUUCUACAGAGCCAGGAACCCCACAGACAAGCCGGUCAUCGGCAUCUCAACCUACAACGUGGUGCCGUUUGAGGCGGGACAGUACUUCAACAAGAUUCAGUGUUUCUGCUUCGAGGAGCAGCGGCUGAACCCCCAGGAGGAGGUGGACAUGCCCGUCUUUUUCUACAUCGACCCGGAGUUUGACGUGGACCCGAGGAUGGCCCGUGUUGACACCAUCACCCUGUCCUACACCUUUUUCGAGGCCAAGGAGGGUCAGAAGCUGCCGUUGCCUGGAUACAGCUACAACUGACCCGUGCGCCGCCACAGACGGAGGGACAGACGGGACGGGGACCGACACCGUUUGCACCGCGAUGCGAUAUCUGUGUGUUGGAAACUGGUGCGUUGAACUUGCUUUUCCACCAAACGGGGAAAAUAAAUUAGCAUUUGGAGAAAAGCUUUGGAUUUCAUAUUUAAAUAUGCAGAUUUAUUUGCAGGUCAGGGUUUUUUAUUUUUAUUUUUCAGGAUUCCAUCUGAACAAGUGAAACCUUCCAUUUGAAAAGACAAAAACUGCAGGAGUCAAUAUGGUGAUCUCACAAAUGUUUUAUCUAAAGACAGAUUCAAGGCAUUUUAUGAGCUGCUCCUAUAUCAUUUAGGAGGUAUAUCACAAGAGAGGACUUUGGUCGGGGUGUGUGUGUGUGUGUGUGUGUCAGAAAAUUUCCUACACCACAACCUCAGAAGUGAUGCUCUUUUAUCAGCAACAGUAACAUGUCGCUAUGUAAUUAAAUAGUUUUCUUGUUAUUGUUUCAGACUGAAUGUUAAAUGAAUGGAUGACUGUGAAAUCAAUAAAUUAUGCCGAAUAUGAAAACGUUUGAUUUGAUUCAGCCAGAAAAAGGGGAACUUUUGGGAUUAAAACAUGUACAAAAAAUGAGCAGGAAGCUGAAUUUAAGACUUUUGAAGACUUUUGACUUUUUUUUAACUUUUCAACUUUCUGACUGAACAAAGCCAGUGAACAUCCAGAGGUUAUAAAUGAGGGGAAAAAGCACCGGGAAAUUAAUCGCUAUUUGGUGUGUUCAGUAAAGCAGACAUGACAU